CAAAUUCUUGGCGCGUGCUGCUUUCUAUUGUUUCCUAUUGGUCUUCUUGUGCGGUCGGUGUAGGUGCAAUGAAACAUUAAGAAGCCGAAGGAAAAUCUGCGUUUCUGCGCCAGAUUGUUACCAGCAGCUUGGCUUGCCUCGGUCAAAAUGCAGGAUGGACUCAUCUCCCGGACCGGAGCAUCGAUCUACGCCGGCGGCAGUUAUACGGCGAGCCUCGGUAAUGGCGCCAGUGAAGGCUACGCAAAGCCGACGACCACCGGUAGCAGUGGCAGUGGGCAGCAACAGUUUUCACCGAGCAAAUGCUUUCCCACACGAUCCUCCCCAACCCACUCAGCGGGACGGACGAAUGAGUUCAAACUGUGUGGCUACGAUGGCAGCAACAAUGCUGGUAUCACUGGUUCAGGCAGUGGUGGCGCGAUCGGUUCUAUGAGCUCGUUGAUCGAUGAAGGUGGUUCCAGCGGUGGGGGUAUUGGACUAGCGACCAAAGCCGACAUCUUUGGUGUGCUAGAGUUCUGGCUUAAGCUGCGGCACGAUCUCCGAACGCUACCUUGGGAACAGCUAAGGGCGGUUAAGCUCAAAAACCCUCGUGCCGCACGAGGUUGUGCCUACAUUCCGACGGAGGUUGAACACAUAGCGAACGUGCUCACACAUGGUAUGUGGGUUCUACCUUCCAUCUAUGGUGGGUUUCAUCUGUAUUGGCGGAGCUAUACGAUCGCCCAAACACUGGCGGCCAUCAUUUACGGUAUCUCGCUAUCGAUGCUGUUCCUCGUGUCCACCUGCUUUCACUGUGUGUGCUACUGCAACCAUGAUCGCCCUAUGAAGGAUGUACUACAUCGGUGUGAUCGCGCAAUGAUUUAUAUCUUCAUUGCCGGAUCGUACUAUCCCUGGUUAAGUCUUGGCCACACCACACACCCGGACAUCGUUUCCGUUGUUAAGUGGAUCGUUUGGGUGAUGGCAGUUCUUGGUAUCAUUUACCAACAAAUGUAUCACGAACGGUAUAAAUGCUUGGAAACAUUCUUCUACGUCGUCAUCGGAGUCGGUCCAUCACUUGUGAUCGUGCUCUGGGGCCAUGAGUUUACCGGGAUGGCCGAGCUAAAGUUCGGUGGUAUACUGUACAUAGUGGGAAUAUUGUUUUUCAAAGCCGAUGGACUGAUUCCAUUCGCUCAUGCCAUCUGGCAUAUGUUCGUCGUGAUUGCGGCAUGCGUGCAUUACUUUGCCAUCCUGACACAUCUCUUUCCCGUAUUACCGCCAGUGAUCCCAAACGAGGUAGACGGUUUGAGCGAGCUGUAAACGCGUUCUAGUUCGACGCUAUGAUGCGGAUAACAGACUUAUUGCUGGUCAAUUGAGUCGCAACGUUCGUCAACCACCCUUUCUACUUGUGUGUUUGUGUAACGUGAGGAACCCUCCGGUCAGAGCCACUCCGUUUUUUGAGUAUUCAUUUGUCUCAUCAUCCUUGCCAGUCUGGCUGUUUCAUCUAUCAUCAGUACUCUUAUCAUCGCCAAGCGAAAACUAGUGUUAGGAGAAAACAAUCAAAUCUUGUUUCGUUGCUCAAUUUCAACGUAGAGUACGUUCCAAAGACCUGUUAAAUACUCAUUUUUUUCAGUUGUAACUCGAAAUGUAUGCUCGAAAAUUCCUUUAGCAAAUUGCAAAAAGAUUACCCAAUUUUUUGGAUGUUCUAACUCAGUCGGCCGAGAAGGGGGUAUAUUCGUUCGUUAUGUGAUACGUUAGAGUUAGUAUACGUAAAGGAAGAUGAUUUGAACGAAUAUUUUCGUUUGAAGAUUUGUAAAAAAUGUUCAUUAAUUUGUCUUUUGACUUUUCGGCAUGCCUUAUGUUCCUGACCGAGUGGAUCCUUCAUUCCAUUCAGCUCUUUAUAUUUUAAGCUAGAUUUCUAAUAGCCAAUACCAUGGCUUGAGACGUAAGUAAUUGAAAAGAAGAUAUAAGAAAGGUUUUGGCAAGGUGUUUAUCGGGUUUCUUGGCUAACUGCAGUCUACCUUAAGUAUUAGCAAAAGUACAUAACAUUAUUCUGCAAAUGUUACACCGAUGCAAUGGAAGCGAGAGCUUGCAAAAAAAAACAAAACCUACAUCCACUAACCACCCACCAAUGAAUUUUGAAUGGAAAGUUAAGCUCUUAAGGCUGUAGAAUGGUAACGUCCACCGACGGUUUCUUCUUCUAUUUCUAUCGUAUAGUUUGUGUUCAGAUGCUGGUAAGUAGGGCAUAAGAAAUGAUAGAGGUGUUGCGAAGAGGAACAUAAAUGGACUGGGGUAAAAUCAACCAUGACAUGAUAAACACAUAUGUAGAUGCGAUCUACCACUCGAAAGUAGAAAUUAAUGCAAAACGAAUAUUGUACUCCAACACUUUUAAAACUACGGUAUACUCUCUUAUUACAACCCACCAAUUCAGUAAAAAAGCAAACAGAAUCUAAUGGCGUAGUAGCCUGUCGGAAUAACAGAAAGAUAAAGAUUAAGAUUAAAACAGACACUUUGUGUCCUCCAUUGCCUAGAGUUGCUAGAGUGGCGUGUUAAAUAGAAAUAGGGAUCAAAAUAGAAACAAGUAGAAAUGCUUCUAAUUGCAACAAUUUAGCAACAAACGUAUUCAGAGAGUCACAAAAACAGCAACAAAUUAUGCCAAAAUUAUGUCCUCCUCGUGUAGCUUAGAGAGGCCACCUUGCAUAGAACUCUGUUAUCAAUACCGAUGCGCACUUAUAUCCACUGCACAGAUAGUUGCCAAUACAAUGAAGUUCGUAGAGGAAUAUAUGCUACAACACCACCGCCAUGGGGAACAUUAGGGAAUGAGUAGAAAGGAUAUGGUAUAUAAAAUAGGUGAUUGAGACUGUGAAUAAACCCAAACGAAAACCAAUUCUU